CGUUCCAACGAGUAUUUUUUGGUUUGUCAUAAGUGAUUAAUAUGGGUAAAAGAAAACGUAGUAAGGACCCUGAAGAAAUACGUAGAAAAAUCCGGCGUUUGGAACGUCGAUUAAACCAAUAUGACUACAGUGAUAGCGAGGAUUCGCGUCAUACAUCGGAUUAUUCAUUCUCAAUGAAGGAAAUGCGUUCCGCUGUAACUAUACCGAACGACCAGGAGUUGUAUGAGGAUGUAAACGGAUAUGAAUUUAGCCAGGAGCCUAUCACUCAGGUUCGCGAGGAAGAUGACGCUCCAAAAUUCGUUACACAGACUCCCGCCAAAGGUGAACCUGUAUUGCCAGUGGAUAUUUUGGAGGCCCUGGGGGUAUCCAAGGACAAAGUUGAAUCUUUUGCACCUAAAAUAAGAGAGGAGAUCUCUGAAAGGUGGGGUAGUAUAAUAAAGGAUGGACUUAGUAAGGAAUCCAUACAAAAAUUGAUGGAUAGCAUCCUAAUUCCGGAAAACUUUAAAUUACUUAAGGCCCCUCAACUAAACAUAGAAAUAUCUGGUGUUUUGUCUGAGUCAGCCAGAAACAGGGAUAAGAGACUUGAAAAAGCGCAAAACCACCUUGGUAAAGGGAUCGCAGCCAUAACAAAUCUGCUCUGUUCGUUAAUUGAAGGCGAAAUGGAUAAAGCUACGAUUAUUAAGAAACUUUCGGAAGCUGGUCAAUUAUUCCUAGACUUGCACUGUCAAAAUACAUAUUCAAGGCGAAAAUUAAUAUUUUUUAGCCUAGACAAAAAGUUUUCAGAAUUUAUACAAGGCGUAAAACGGGAUUCCUAUCUAUUCGGAGAAGAUCUAGGUGAAAGGAUUAAGGCAAAGAAGACCGCGGAAAAAUCUGGUAUUCAGGUGAAGAGGGUAUUCGAGCCGAGACCAUCCACAUCUAAUCACAAACCCGGAUCGUCACCUAGGCGUCAGGGAAACUGGCACGGCCCACCCCGGACACAGGCUCACAGAGGCAGGGGAGGUGGGCCCAGGAACCACGCCUCGUCCCAGUCCUCCAGACGCCCUCAAGCGACGAGGGAACCAUACAGCCAUACUUCGAGGAGGGACAAUGCCUCGAAAAACAAGACCACUCGCAAGAAUUAGUAAAGGGAUCCACACCCACUAUGGCGAACCCUUACCCUGGUGUCUUGCCGCUUAUCAGGGAAGCAUUUUCAAAACAAUCACUAACUCCAGAGACGGUCGAUUUGAUGAUUGCCUCCCUAUCUCAUAACUCGCUAAAGCAAUAUGAUUCGGCGUAUAAAAAAUUAUGGAAAUUUUGUCAAAAUUUCAAUAUCAAUGAUUGUUUAUCUAUCUCAAAUCCAAUGGCAUUGAAAUUUCUAACUGAUCAGUUUAAUUUAGGAGGUAAUUACUCUAGUAUAAACACUUUAAGAUCAUCACUUUCUCUUUUGUUAGGGAAAAGAUUUAGCACGGAUAUGAAUGUGAGCCGCUUGCUUAAGGGAAUUUAUAAAACUCGUCCAUGCUUUCCUAAGUACCAGAAUACUUGGGAUACCAAUAUUGUUCUCAAUUAUGUUGAAAAAUGGUAUCCAAAUGAGGAGCAAUCUCUCGUUAGCUUAACAAAGAAAUUGACAACUCUGCUUGCGUUGUCGACUGCACAACGAAUACAGACGCUGUCGUUAAUUUCCUUAUCGAAUAUUAAAAUUAGUGAGUCUAGUAUAGAGAUAGUUAUAGAUGAUUUGAUUAAAACAUCUGCCCCCGGGAGGUUACAACCUCGCCUUAUUAUUCCCUUUUUUCCUACCAAAAGAGAGAUAUGCCCUGCUACAACUCUAGUUGCAUAUAUUGAGAAAACAAGUAGUUUAAGAAACAGUAAUACAGACAAAUUAAUUUUAAUAACUAGGAGACCAUAUCAUAAUGCAACGUCAUCUACGAUCGGACGCUGGAUAAAGCAAACUUUGAAUGAGAGUGGUAUAGAUACCAAUACAUUUUCUGCGCAUAGUACCCGCCACGCAGCUACCUCGGCAGCUGAUCGUAGAGGUGUCUCCAUUGAAACCAUUAAGAAAGCCGCAGGCUGGUCGGGGAAUUCCCUAAUGUUUGCAAAAUUUUAUAACAGACCAGUCCUAGAUAACGACUCUGUUUUUGCAAAUGCAAUUUUUGAUUUUUGAUUUUUUUUUGCAAAGUAAUUAAAUUAAUUAUCAUUCCUUAAAAAUUAUAAUAAUUAGAUUAAAAUAAUAAGAUUAUAAUUAUCUUGAAUGGUUGGUUAUUAC